CGGUCAGCCUCGCGAACCCUGGACUUGGCGUUCUCGAUAGACAACUUUUUUUAUCCUUGCUUUGAGCUUCGUGCGGCCGAUUCUAUCGACAACUCUUUUGCUGGGACAUGGCGACAUUCUUGGACGACACUUGGACAACCGCAGCAUUGCAGCGUACGUUGCUUCACCACUCCCAUCACGGCUUGUCUCGCACCCAGGCGCGCAUUCCUCUGUCUUGCAUCAAUAGGAAUGCGAAUGUCGGGGACGGAGUCGUUGUGGGUUUCGGUACAGAACAUCGUUUCGCUCGGUCCACGGUUGGUUCAUUCCGUACUCGCUUGGGUAGACCGGUCGACCCUCUUUUCUAUGUUCCAUAUGUACAUAUUCGCCCGUUGUCUCCGACAGUUUUCGUUCUACCGUUGAGCGGCUUUCUGAUCGAGUUGGCUCCUUCCCACGUCGUGGCAAAACGGUUUCCUGCUAGGAAGUUUUGCACGUGGCAUCAGGGCUUGCGACAAAAAUGGCUCCGCCGGCCUUUGCUCAUCGGCCUCGCGGGGAAGGAAAUCCCCCGCCGUCGGAACGGCUUAUUUUGUGGGGCUUCACUGGGAAAGAUUUUUCGUCUUUUUUCCCCCCCUUUUCAUUUUCUUCUGCAACGCAUCGCGAUAUGGGCAAAACAAAAACAAUGGCAGGGGAGGUUGGUUUCCUGCGGGUCUCAAAAGAUUUUUUUGCUUUUUUUAUUCUCUUAUCCGUCGCCACAUACCCCAGAAGCAGCAGCCAAAGGUUUCCCGAGUUGGUGGAUUGACAGCACUUGGGACAUGGGUUGCCCAAGGACUGUCUAUGGGCGUUGGCGCCUCUUUGUCUAUUUUCCCCUUCCUUCGCGAGGGAAAGUUUUAGAUUUCUUUUUCCCCUCUCUUCUCGUGGCACAAAGGCUCGGUAGAUCAUGUGGGAGGUGAAAACUGUGUUUGAGUUCCUUUGGACUCUUCAGAGAGGGGUGAUAAUGGAAUGACGUUCCAUGUUAUUGGGCACCUUGUUUGAGCGUGAGAGCUUGGUCUGAUCUCAGAAAUGACAUGUUGGACGUCAUG